AUGGAACAACAGGGAAAGUCAUAUUCUCGCGGCCAAGCGACGGCACCCUAUAGAGGGCCAUUGAAGUCUCAAAAAGUGACGAAACCUAGUUUUUUCAACAAACUCAAAAGGAUUUUAGAUAGAAAAACAGAUUUCAUUGCUAGCGGUUUGCAUGCUUCACAGCAUCCGGGAAUUUAUACAAGCACAAGUGGCAAGACAGAUCAGCGCAUGGCAAACAUACCUGGUGGAUUCUUCAGUCCCGACAACUCAAACACUGUUCUUCACUUGCCUAAGCGUCAAAGAGCUGAACCAAGAGAUUUUUCAAGUGCAAGUGUCGCUGAAAGUCACUAUUCAAUGGGAAGCGAAGCUGCUGACGAGAAUAGGUCUGCCGAUAUCUCCAAUGCUAAAUUGGCUGACUUUUUUCGAGGGAAGGGCGACCAACCUUUAUCAGAUAUGGAAAUGGAGGGUGUGAUUUCAUUAAUGCGGAAAUCAAGCACUGCCCAAAGCUCUCGCAGAGGCUCCAUUGCAAACUCCAUCAAUCAAGCGAAAGACUAUACCGAUCUAGGAACUUCUCGUGUACUCAAGAGCUCAAGAGCGCCAUCUUUAACAUCAUUCAGGGCACCGUCGUUUGUUCCGAAAUAUGACAUCUCGAGUGGUUCACAUUCAACUGCAAAUACCGGGCUCAGAUCCGCGUCGGGUCGUAGACGAGUAUUUGACUAUUCAAAUAUGCCAUCGCCUUAUAGAACAACGGUUUACAAGUACAGUGCAGCGGACAACAAAGAACUCUCAAUAACAGAAGCAUCUUCGUCUGCACCCAUAGUUGCUACUACAAAAAAUCCAGCGCAGGAGGAUUCUUUCUCCUCGUUUGGUGGUGAGCAUAAAAGAUUAAGCAAUACUGCUUCUGCAUUGGUUUCUCUUCUCGAUGAAGCAGCGCCUGACCAGCAGCAGCUGCCCUCUCGCAUGGCAAAUCCUUACUCCUCUCAUGUUCGCACAUACAAAAAAGUAUUAGGAGGGACAAUCAAACGUGAACGUGUAAUUGAACACAAGGAUAAAAAAAAGACGGAUGAUCUUGCAAGAACUCAACACGAGACUACUAGUUCUGAAUGGUUACCAAAGCAAGUUCAAAGCUCAUUGGACAAAUACAAACCCGUCAGAUCGUCAUCUUUACGUGCAGGUAUCGAAAUAGGUGAUCAUUCAUCUAAAAGUGAAAGUAAUACCGAAGACGCAUUAAAGGAACUUCCCACAUCGCGUUUCACAUUCAACUUCAAUAAUGUAGUGGAGAAAAAGGAAUCAAAUGAACACAAAGGAAGAGCAGACGAAGUAAAACCUUCUUUUGAAUUUUCAAAGUUUGAAAAUCCGCUAUCUUCAUCUCACAAACUCUUCAACGAUCUGGAACAGCAGUCUAACAGCAGAAGUUCGAUAAGAAAUUCCAAUAAUGGUAUUUCAAAAGACCCCAACAGAUAUUCCUUAGCAGCUGCAAAUACACAAGUAGCGGAUGACUCGUCACCCUGUAAUUCUGUAUCGACACCCAAGAUUUCUUUUAAAAAGCCAGUUAUUUCAAAAGUAAACGAAAAAUUCGAUUUUGGCUCACCCUUUCUCUCUAAUUUAAACACAGACGGCAUAGAUGACGAUAAAGUCAAGCAAUUUAGAUCUUCUUUCAUAUUUUGA